AUGGAAGCGGAGAAGCAGGUUAAAUUUUUCCAAGGUUGUGUUGCUUCUGCAUUUGCUGAACGAGAUCAUUCAAUAAUGGAGAUGUUGAGUGGGUGUGACAAGUUGCAAAAAGUACUUCCUUUAUCUGAUUUAGUUGAACUUGUAUCAAUUUUCUUGUUAACAUUGUACUCGGUAGUCAGUACUAACUUACUAUUAUGUUUGCAGGAUGGUCAUGAUACAGAUGAUCCGAAACAGAGCACUGCUGAUAUGACAGUAUUUGUGCAAAAUCUUCUGCAGCAAAUGCAAUCUAGGUUUCAGACGAUGUCUGACUCCAUCAUUUCAAAGAUUGAUGAGAUGGGCAGUCGGAUAGAUGAGUUGGAGCAGAGCAUCAAUGAUUUGAGGGCCGAGAUGGGGCAAGAGCGGACUCCUUCUCCUUCCACUUCUCUGAAGCCAAAAGAAGACCCCAAGAUAAGGUUGUAA